UAGGACUCGGAACUAGCGAAGCUGCAGAUCAGGGUAUUGUCGCAGGCGUCAACACGGGGUUUGCGGCUUUGCGGUGUCCACCGUUCGUCCUAACAAGAGCAGAGAGCUUCAUGAUCGUCGAUGAUCUCAUUGGAGCGGACGAACCGUAUCAGAUGUUACUUAACCUCGAAGUCGGAAUACCGAAUGACGUUGCGACCUGAAAACUCCGAUAUGCGGUUAACAGCCAAAGCAUGCACUGCAAUGUUAGUGUGGCAUCAGAGGAACGUUAGCUGUCGUUCGGCCAGAUGCUGCACUAGAAAUACAACCAACCAGAUCAUCGACGUGUUGAAAGGUUGUGUGCUCAGUACACAGGGCUGGACUUUUAACGUACUGAUGAUCGGAGUAUCCAUGAAUGACAGCGAAGACGGGCCAUUCGAACCCGUACCGUAGUCGACACAGGGAAGGGUAGUCUGAGUGCGGACAUGACUCGCCGAAGUUGGCUUGUGUCUACAAGAAUCAUUUGUUGAUU